AUGGCAGGCUUGAUGGAGUCGACGGCGACGGUGACAGGCGGGCAGGAUGAAGCAGCCACAGAGAUCAAGAGCUCGUCGUCCUCUCUCGAAGGGAGCACAGAUUGCUCGGCCAAGAUGGAGGCGCCGAAGAUGCUUGCUGGCGGUGCGAAGGAGGCGGUAGAAACAGCUGGGCCAGCAGAGGCAGACGAGAAGCAAGGAGACGUCAUGCGUCAAGAUCGAUAUCAAGAGAAAGAAGACAGCCAAGAUGAUAAUGGCCCAGAAGCACAAGAGGCUCCAGAGGCACCAGCUGAUUCCAGCGAGGUCAAGAUGUCGAAGGGCAAAGUCGCUCUCAUCAUGCUUGCGCUCUGCACGAUCGUUACUACGGCGCUGCCAACCAUCGCCAGAGAGUUUAACACAUCACAGGCGGACUAUGCCUGGGUUGGCUCUGCAUAUUUGCUCGGUGCUGCCUCAUCGACUCCAUCAUGGGGGAAAGUCAGUGAUAUCUUCGGCCGGAAGCCUGUCUUGCUGGCCGCCAAUGUCGUCUUCCUGGUUGGCUCACUCCUGUGCGGCGUGAGCAUCAAUAUCAAGAUGUUGGUAGCCAGCCGUGUGAUCCAAGGAAUAGGAAGCGGAGGCCUUCUUACUCUUGUGAAUAUCUGUGUGAGCGACUUGUUCAGCAUGAGAACUCGAAGCAUGUACUUCGGUAUCAUCGGCAUGGUAUGGGCUAUAUCAGGCAUCAUUGGGCCCGUCAUCGGUGGCCUUAUGACCCAGUACACCACCUGGCGUUGGUGUUUCUAUAUAAACCUUCCCAUCGACGGAGUUGCUUUUCUGAUUAUAUUCUUCUUCCUGGAGCUCCAUACUCCUACCACCCCAUUGCUAGCCGGACUCCGUGCCAUUGACUGGCUCGGUUCUCUCGCUGUCGUUGGCGGUACGGUGAUGUUCCUCAUCGGCCUUGAGUAUGGUGGCGAAUCUUACCCCUGGUCUUCCCCAACAGUCAUAUGCUUGAUUGUUUUCGGAAUAGUGACAUGGGGCAUCUUUAUUCUUAUUCAGUGGAAGGUUUCGCGUUAUCCAGUCAUGCCGCUGUGGCUCUUUACCCAGCGAUCCACACUCGCGGCAUAUGGAACGGUCCUCAUACAUGGAGCCAUUUACACUAGCGGAAGCUUCUUCCUUCCACUCUACUUUCAAGCCGUCCUUGGAGAGACACCGCUAAAGUCGGGAAUACUCCUCUUUCCAAACGUUAUAGCAGUUUCUAUCGUCUCUGCGGUCACCGGUAUCUUCGUUCGCAAGACCGGUCUUUGUCUUCCACCAAUUUGGUUUGGAACAACCGUUUUAGUUCUCGGAACAGGGCUCUAUAUCAAUCUCCCAUCACACAGAUCGUUGGUCAAAGUUAUCCUCUACCAACUAGUGGCUGGAAUGGGUAUUGGACCCAACUUCCAGGCUCCCAUCAUCGCUCUUCAGAGCCAUAUAAGGCCCAGUGACAUAGCAACUGCCACAGCCUCCAUAGCCUUCUGCAGAAAUCUUGCUAGCAGUAUUUCUGUUGUCAUCGGAGGUGUCAUUAUCCAAAACAGACUCCAAAGUAACAUUCUAGAGAUCCAACAUCUCCUUAGCCCCAAAACCUUGGACGCUCUGCAAGGAGUCUCUGCUGGUGCUUCGGUACAUAUCAUCCAGGCUCUCCCGCCAAACGAAAAGCAACCAGUUCUCGACGCUUAUACCAAAAGUUUAAGCACUAUGUGGAUAUUCUAUACCGCCCUCGCUGCUAUCGGUUUUAUAGUCAGCUUGCUUCUACAGAAAAAGAAGCUCAACAAGGAACACGAAGUUACCAAGACCGGACUUGAUGCUCAGGAACGAGCGAGGAAAGAAAGGCUGCAGAUGGAGAAAGAAGCGAAGAGUAGUCGAAAUAAGGCUGUUUGA